GAACAUCAGCGAAAUUGUACAUAGUAUAUACCUCAUUGUUAGUCCAGCCAAUAGUUGUGUGUCAGUCAAAUCUUGAUACCUUUGUGAAAAGUCCCAUAUUGGAGAAGCAAUCAAAAUGAGAUUAGGAAUCAUCUUCAGAUUGCUAAUUCCAACUGCAGGGAUUCUUCUUGGUUGGAAUGUCAACCAUGUGCAUGCAGCGGAAUGCGAAGGUCGCGAUCUAUAUGUUCCGUAUCCAUUCCCUGGUAAUGCCAAAAAAUACAAAGUAUGCUUCAGUGAGACCGGCGAUUUUAAGGACUAUGAUUGUCCACCAUCUCUCCGCUUUAAUGAAGAAACAAGACGCUGUAUGGCUUAUCCUGGCGGUAAUCCGAUUGGGGAAUGCACCAAGGAAGGUGACAAAUUUGAAGUUAUUCCCGCCGAUGAUAAAUGCCUACAGUAUUUCGAAUGUAAUGACGCAGGGGGAUUUGGAAUGGAUUCCUGUAAAGACGGCGAUGAAUUCUUCAAUCCCCUUUUGGGAGAAUGUGUUCCUAAGGCUGAAUACUACUGUGAUGGUGAUUUUCCCGAUUGUAGUAAGUCAAACUUCCAAAACAGAAAGUGGGUUGACAAAGAAAGUUGUGAAUCCUACUACGAAUGCAAAGGAGACAUUAUUGUAAGUCUAAAAUGCCCCAGCGGAAUGUUCUUCGAUGCACAAACCCAAAGUUGCUUGUAUAACACCAAGGAUGCAUGCAAAGUUCCUACGCCCAAGUCCGAUUUGAAUAUUGAAACCAUGUGCAAAGGAAAAGUUGGAAAAUUUCUUCCGGAUCCUAACUAUUGUAAAGCUUAUUACUAUUGUGUCGACGAAUCAACACCUUACUGGAGUCCAUGCGCAAACGACAGAUAUUUUGAGAAAGAAACUUGUACUCAAACAAGGGCUAGUAGCUGCAUUUGCGAAGAUUUAACGUGGGGAGAAUCUGACUCUCCAGUGAAUGUUCCACAUCCUGAUAAGACAAAAUUUUACGUGUGUGAAAAAGAAAGACAAGCCGUGGAGAAGUCAUGUCCACCGGGUACCACCUUUAAUGCAACGAAAAAAAUGUGUGCCGCGUGAUUUAGAUGAUACGUCAAACAAGCUACGUUAAACUUCACCAUAUUCACUGAAAAUAAAUUGGAAAGUUUUUACCAUU